UCUUUAUAUAGUCAAUUGCAGUUGGCGAUUUUUCGCAGUCAUCGCAGAAUCAAGAGCGAGUUGUUCUGUGCUAGAAAAAAUGGCGAUUCCUAGACCUCCUGAUAUGGACACGUCCUAUAAGGACUUUAUGAUAACAAGGCGCGGGAGCGUUGACAUCAACAAGGACAUGGUGCUCAGUCCGGACGCUGACUUGGACACUGUCAUGGACUAUGCCGACGAACUGGACGUCAGUCUGAGCGGUCUUAACACGGUGGAGGAAAUGAGAACCCGAAUCUGUAUGCACCUGGAUUUCAUGGAGUCGAAGGGGAACCCAAUUGAGAAGGUUCUAAAGUUACUCUCCGAUAAACAAGCAGACGACUACCAGAGAAGGAAAAAACUACGGGAACUCCUCGGUAAAUUCAAGGAUACCAACGCAAAUUUCCACAAAUUGUCUACUUCCGGCAGGGAACGCAUCAAAGGGCAGACAACUCUGGAAUCUCUUCUACAGACCGAGGGCAUUACAAAGGACCUUGUUACAGAUCUUACUAUCAAAACCAAAUACAUCUCUAGCGGACAUUGCGUUGUAGUUGUAGCAGGUGAAACAAAUGCUGGUAAAUCUACGUUUCUGAAUCUGGUUCUGGGCGAGAAGGACCUCCUGACAGUCAAAGCUGUUUGCUGUACAUCCGUCAUCACGCGUAUAUCGUAUGGAACAAAGGUCUCUGUGUGCGUCCUUUACGAAAGCGGGAACAAAGAAGAUGUCCCUCUCACACCCGGCAUAGAAGUGAACAAACAAGUAGAAAAAUUAUUGUAUGAACACGACCUAACACUAAGGGAGACUACUGAGCGAACUGGGGACAGAAUCGUCGAAGUCCAUCUCAAAAUCCCAAGCAAGAUUCUAAAGUGUGGACUUGUUUUGGUGGAUUCACCAGGAAUAGGAGAAAACCCAGUCAUGGACAGCGUCAUCAAACGCUUUGUUGCCAACAACGAGAUCCACGGAUUCCUGUAUCUAAUCAAGUCAAACAGUGGGUCGCGAGUGGACGAAGAUAGGCUCGGUGAUUUGCUGAAAAUGAUUAUUACCACCAAAAAGGAAAAGAAAGAUGGCAGUGGCCUGGGGUUCGAUCCAAGACUGGCCCUGUUUAUAUGUAACCACUGGGACGAUUUGAAAAGCGAGAGAGAGGAAGUAUUUCAUCACAUUGUGACAAAACUCGAAAAGUUCUGGCCUGGUCUUAAAACAGAUCAAGUGAUCAAGUUUUCAGCCCUCGAGGCGAGGCGAGAGUUGAACCAGAACGAGAACUACAUCACUCCAGAUUACAAGGCAUUAUGGGAAGGGAUUCAUGAACUUUUUGAAUCUGCACUCGAUAAAAGGGUUACAUCUACUUACAAAUGGUUGGAAACCAUAUUAAAAAGAAUGACUCAUCACUUGAAGACUUUUGUACAUCGCUUGGACGGUUCAGAGGAAAGUCUUCAGGAAAAAUUGUCUCAUAUAGAAUUAAAGUUACAAAGGUUGAAUUCUCAGGCGGAAAAUGUUUUCAAAGCUCUCUCCGGUAAAAUUGACAAAGCAAGUGAAGAAAUCUUCCAGUCGUUCAAACAGCAUUUAAUGACACAUCCAUCUAGAACAGGAAUUAUAAUUUGGGCACUGAAUGAAACUCCCGAUCCACAGAAAUUCUCCAGCUGGGACGACUUAAAGAUGGAAAUUUACGAGAUGACAUCGAAAAGAAUAUCCAAAGAGCUGGUAAGAUGGGAGGAGAGGCAAGGCCAUAUUCACGACAUCGAAAAAACUAUUCUCAGAGAGAUCAACAAUGAACUGAAGUUGUUGAACGACGAAUUGACUGAUGUGGAUGACGAGCUUAACUCAGAUUGUCGAUCCAUAACCAGCAACGACUCUGGUUAUCAAUUCGGAACCUUGCGAAAACGGAACUCCGUUUUUGGUCUCAGUAAUUUACCAAGCAUGAUGAUGGACACAGAAGACACGGAAAACCAACUGUCAGUUCCUUUCAUUGCCCAAAUUCUUUCCCCUCUUGGUAACGCCCUACAAAGUUUGGUUCCCGGCAAAAAUCGCAUGGGGGAGUACGUAAACAAUCGGACCAAAGUAACUCGUGAAAAGUCAGACCGGUAUUACAGUUACCUUCUCAAUACGCCGAAAGGGAACACUUUCCUGCGAAAGUUUGUUGACAAUUUGUUGGAGCAAAGCAGAGAAAAGCUUUCAGAUAUUCAACAGAAGAUACCUGCAAUCAUCAAGGCCAACAGAGAAGUCAUGGAACAUAUUCUACGAUGCAGAAAUGAUACGAGUGUAUCCAUAGAACUAUAUGAAGAGAUGAUGCAUGGACUAGAGGAUCUAAAACAGCAGUUGACUGAGUACGGAGAAGGAGAAAUCUUUGUAGAUGACUUCCGGCAUGCCGAUAUUCGGAUUUCAAACUCCAUAAACCAUUCUAGUAAACAUACCAUCCGAAUUUCCAACUUCAUCGAGAAUAGUUGGAAUGAGAGCAAUGGGGCGAUGACGGGCGAAACAAGAGCCCUGUGGACCAUACUCCAGAAUGGAACCGUCAAAAAAGAAGAAGAGAGGGAGGUUACACCAGUGUUCAUCAGAAUUUACAUGACGUCAUCAGGGGUUAACAAUAUCACUUCGGAGGUUUCAAAACUCAGGUUUUUGAAACACCAACAUGUCGCUGAGUUUCUUGGUCUCCAUCGAGCUCACGUUGGUUUUCCGGCUCUCAUCUACAAGAACAAAAUGCGGACACUCCGACAAUACUUAAAGAGUAAAACCAGGGACGGAAAAGAGAGGAUCCGGAUAUUUCAGGAGACAGUGAAAGGGCUGGAGUACCUCCAUCGUCGGAGAUUAGUCCACAUGGAGCUGAACACGCACACAAUUACGUUGGACCAAUCUACAGAAAAGGUCACCCUAACUGGAGCGUGUCUGCCAAGGAAAGCAAAUCUCCCAAUGGACAGGGAGUCUGUCGAAGUCUCUCACUUUGUCUUUAUUUCACCGGAAGUGUUGAACGACGAAGCCUACCUUUCGUGUGAUGAUGCGUACGCAGCAGGACUUUUGGCCCUGGAAUUGAUUUUCAAAAUAAAACCUUACAAGGAGUACCGCACCUGGUCGCUCGACCAGUUUGCAAGAGAAGUUAAUCCGCCGGAAAUGUUGAAACUGCACGAGACUCUUCAAGGCCAGCCGAGAGAAGUGUAUGACGUCAUGACCAAGUGCUUCGGAAAAGCAGACGACCGACCGCAUAUGGAGGAAUUCAUGAGAGUGAAAUUUCCGAUCAUUGACAGAAUGCGAACAGUGGAAGAAGAAAAUCCAACUUCUGCUCAAAGAUUUGAUGGAUUCGGUGCUCCUUCUCGUGUAUAAAUUACUGUCUAGCUCUUAUCAUAUGAACAGUCGCAAAUCAGUUAAAUACGUGAGUCAUGGUAUGCUGAUUGUGUGUUUUGAAUGCAUGUAUAUUGGUCUGUCUGGUUAAGAGUUUCGUAUGAACUUCAGGAAAAACCUGGGCAUUGUAACUAUACCUUACUUUAUGUUAGUACAUACUUGUAUGUUGUACAAGCUCGUACGUCAAGUCCCACAAUUACUUAAUUGAAAAAAAAGUUAUUUAAUUAGCAUAUCAGCAAGCCUAUCUUAGAACCUUCUGCAUCAGAAUAUGGAUUUAAUAUAAAAGUAUUUGUAUGUACGUUAGUAAUACGAUGUGACUGUAUUUAAGUUUAUUUAUCUGUGAUAUAAAAGAAUGUGUCUUGUUUUAUGUACAGAGGACCGUUUGUAGAACUGUUCCUUAAACUGUUACAAUAACUGUUGUGUUCAUAAUAAACGGUUUCCAAAUAACAUCA